AUGGCCGAGGCCGGAGCACGUCCUGCAGCCAGGCUAGGGCCCGCCGUGGAGCGCGACCAUGGCGGCGGCGUCCUCUGCGACGGCGAAGGUGUCGAGCCAGUGGAGCCGCCACCGGCCCCCUGCGCGGCCACACCGGUGCACGCCGAGCCAGAGUCUGCAGCCACCACCGUCCUCCGUGUGCUUGGGCCUGGCGCCGGCGGCGUCCACAGCGUGCUGUGCCCGCGCGUCCACCGCGUGCUGCGCCGGCGGCGAGGACGACGGCGUCGACCGUGUCGAGGACGACUACACCUGCCCCCGCCUUCCCUCGUGCUCUCACUCUCCGUCUCCCACCCCCUCCUUCCUCUCCGAUUCCCCUGCAGCCCUGCUCCACAAGUGCUCGAUGAAAUACCACUGCAGGGGUAA